UCUUAAUUCGUACAUCGUUGAUCGUAUAUCAACUGUGUUUAUAGUUGCUAGAUUAUUAUGGUGGUUUAAACAAAAAAUCUAAAUAGAUGUAAAGUUUUGCUUUAUUUACCAAAAUGAAUAAAGGUCGGAAUUUUGGAGCUCAAAGAAAAUUUGCCGCUGGUGCCCCUGCACCUAAUAAGUGUCAAACUCCACGGUUGGAAACUCCCACAGAAACCAGGCCUGAUCCAGAACCUAAAGUACAUUUAGUGAAGAAAACACCAACAGUUCUCCUGGACAGACUUACUUUUAAUGAUGUACAUAAGCAUAUUCAGCCAGUGGUGGUACUGAAACGACUACAAACAAGCCAAGUUACUAAAGCUCAGGUACACCAGACUGUGAAUUUAGCAGAUGACCCAGAAGACAGUUAUGACUCUCAAGAUAGUGGUGAGACCUCACUAACUGAAGAUACUUCCUCAAAUGGUUACGAUGCUUUGACCCUUUUACCGCAAUGCGUUACUCCAGAUCCACAAUUCAAUAAAAGAGCUAUCUCUAUAUCUUCAACUAGUGAUGAUGGAAUGCCAGUUCAAAAGAAAGCAAAGACUAGUGUUAUGGAUGAAACUGAUCAAGAAUUUUUUGGCACUCUUAGAAUUCCAGUUCGAAAAAAAAUAAAAACCGUAGUUUUAGAUGCACCUGUGUUUCGACCAACUGUUGAUGAAUUUAAGGAUCCACUUACAUACAUAGAGAAAAUAUUACCACAAGCAUCUAAAUAUGGGUUGUGUAAAGUAAUACCACCAAAUGGAUUCACUCCCCCCUGUAAUCUUGACGAGACAAUGGGCUUUACUGUUACUAAUCAAUAUGUCCAACGAAUGUUCAAACGAUAUGGCCCAGCCACAAAAGAAUUAAGUGCUAUCAAAGCCCUCUUAGCAUCACAGAAAGUGCCAUUCAAGCGACCACCUUUAGUAAGCGGCUUGGAAGUUGACUUACCACACUUAUUCAAACUAGUGCAAGGCAUGGGUGGCCUGAAGAAAGUAACAAAACUACCACAAUGGAACAAAGUGGCCGAACACUUGAAAUGUUGUAAGAACUUGAAAAAUCCCGGGCAGAAAAUAAAACAGAUUUAUGAGAAAUAUCUACUUCCAUAUGAAGUCAUGACGUCGGUGGAGAAACUAAAUUUGACAUUUCAAGUAGAGCAAUUGUGUACCAAACGAUAUUCAAGGAUGUAUAAGCGAGCAAAAAGUCCUUUGCACACACAAAAACAAAUGUUGAAGCAAUGUGACUCGACAGAUUAUGAUUCGUCUGAUGAAAUCUCAAUAAAGGAUCGGAUCAUAUAUAGUGCUCUGGCUGAGACUGAAGACUGCAUUGUUCCUGGUCGGAAUAUGAAAAUCCAGGCAUUUGAAAAAGUAGCUGAAGUCGCUGCUGAAACAUUUUUGUCAUCCCCAAGUCAGACAACAAAUAUGAUAGAGAAAGAAUAUUGGGAGGUUGUUUUGUCAAGGAGAAGGCAUGUGUGUGUUAAUGCGGCUUCAAUAGAUACAGGUGCCACGGAUUAUGGUUUUCCAAAUAAUGAUUCAACAGACCAAUAUAAUACACAUCCAUGGAACAUGAAGCGGUUUAGUAGGAACCCAAAGAAUAUGCUAAGUUUCCUUGGCCCGGUGGUUGGAAUGACUGCGCCUACAUUACACUUGGGAAUGUUAUUUUCGACGAGUUGUUGGCACAGAGACCCCCAUGGCCUCCCGUGGAUCGAGUAUAUGCAUAAGGGAGUGCAGAAAGUAUGGUAUGGCAUUGAUGACACGCAAAGCCAGAAAUUUCGCAAAGCAGUUGAAAAGUUGUGCCCAGCUUUCUCUCAAAAUAAAUCUGUUUGGUUGCCAUCAGAUAUAGCGAUGAUUCCACCGAAACUUUUACAGAAGAAUUCGGUGUCUCUUUGCCGUGUUGUGCAAAAUCCGGGCGAAUUUAUUAUAGUUUGCCCAAAAGCAUAUUCAUCUUCUAUUGCCACAGGCUACACAAUUUCCGAAAGUGUGUAUUUCGCUACCUUGUCCUGGAUUCAAAGUCUUGGUGAAACAUUUGAUACAUUAAAAAGCAGUUGUGAACCGACAAUGUUUUCACUUGAGCAACUGUUAUUUGCUUUUGUAAGAGAUGCCCGUACGCCGCCGUCGGUUUUAACAGCUAUUGAGCCAAUAUUAAAAGAGGUUGUCGACAAAGAGAUAAAAAACAGACGGAAUUUGGAAAAAUUGGGCAUACCUGUGAUGAAGGCCAACCAAGGGAAACCAAAAGACAAUCGCUUUACGAGCCCUGAAGAUGCGGUGAAAGCCAACGAAAAUGCUAUAGAAGAGACCCCUAAGGAAGAUUGGGCCCACUGCUUUACUCGGUGGUUCCAAAGAAUGGUACGAUGUGUAGAGAGGAACGGAGAUUACUUCGAAAAACAACAAAAAUCGUGGCUGAAACCAUCUAAACCGAGUACAUCAAGUGCUUGGAAUGUUUGCGACCAAGACGAGUGCUAUAUAUGCCGGAUGACUUUAUAUUUAUCGAGGGUGCGAGGCGUUUUAGAUAAAAAUUCAGUGUUGUGUCCGGAACACGCGCUGAAGAUAUUGGCACAACCAAAGAAAAGUCAUUUGAUAAAUGAGAGUAAGCGCCUGUCAUUCAUAAUUAUGUACAGCACGAGUGAGCUUGAGGAGCUUUUGGAGUUUCUCAAAGAUCGUCUGAGGAAAAGUUAGCAUAAUAUUCGAGAAUGCGUGGUCCGUCUGCAUUAUGGACAAAUAGACCAGGCUUGUGACAGCGACCGCGUAAGAGACAAUUAAAAUUUACGUCUUUUCAUAUGAUUAGUAUUCGGCUACUCGGCCGGAUAUUGGGCAAGUGAUUGGCCUGUUAAAUGGAACACAUCUCAUGUUGUACUGAAUAUAUUGUGUACCUUCGUAUUAUGAUUAUAAUUAAAUUAUUGAUUUCCUAAUAUUCUUAUUAUUAAAUAAGAUAAUAUUUCUUUUGUUUACAUAUAUUUGUGUGGUCUUUUAAGUAAAUGUCUUUUCUGCGCAUUUUACUGUAGUUGUUAGGGCAUAGACGUAGGCUUACUUUACAAAUGUCACAUAGUAAUAAACAUACCAUUAUUUCGCUAUAGCACCCCGAUGUCUAUGUACCGUACAGUAAUGCAGUGCUGUUACAGUGUUAAUUGUUCAAUGAUUAGUAUUCGGCUACUCGGCCGGAUAUUGGGCAAGUGAUUGGCCUGUUAAAUGGAACACAUCUCAUGUUGUACGGAAUAUAUUGUGUACCUUCGUAUUAUGAUUAUAAUUAAAUUAUUGAUUUCCUAAUAUUCUUAUUAUUAAAUAAGAUAAUAUUUCUUUUGUUUACAUAUAUUUGUGUAGUAUUUUAAGUAAAUGUCUUUUCUGCUCAUUUUACUGUAGUUGUUAGGGCAUAGACGUAGGCUUACUUUACAAAUGUCACAUAGUAAUAAACAUACCAUUAUUUCGCUAUAGCACCCCGAUGUCUAUGUACCGUACAGUAAUGCAGUGCUGUUACAGUGUUAAUUGUUCAAUGAUUAGUAUUCGGCUACUCGGCCGGAUAUAGGGCAAGUGAUUGGCCUGUUAAAUGGAACACAUCUCAUGUUGUACUGAAUAUAUUGUGAACCUUCGUAUUAUGAUUAUAAUUAAAUUAUUGAUUUCCUAAUAUUCUUAUUAUUAAAUAAGAUAAUAUUUCUUUUGUUUACAUAUAUUUGUGUAGUAUUUUAAGUAAAUGUCUUUUCUGCUCAUUUUACUGUAGUUGUUAGGGCAUAGACGUAGGCUUACUUUACAAAUGUCACAUAGUAAUAAACAUACCAUUAUUUCGCUAUAGCACCCCGAUGUCUAUGUACCGUACAGUAAUGCAGUGCUGUUACAGUGUUAAUUGUUCAAUGAUUAGUAUUCGGCUACUCGGCCGGAUAUAGGGCAAGUGAUUGGCCUGUUAAAUGGAACACAUCUCAUGUUGUACUGAAUAUAUUGUGAACCUUCGUAUUAUGAUUAUAAUUAAAUUAUUGAUUUCCUAA